CCGCCCUUACAUCAGAAGUGAUACGAGGAACCCUCCUCGUAUUUGUGCCUGCAGAACAGAGAAUGAUGUAGCAACACUACCAACCCCACACCUCGAACGGGCAAGGCCGACGACAGUGGGCGUGACCUCGGGACACGAUGGUAGGAACCUCACGUUGGAUUCUAUACGAAGAUCGCCCAAAGAAACAGGCGCAGGUGACGGUGAGGCGCAUUCUUGACUCCUCCCGCCAAGAUGACGUCCCAUUCCAGGAAUCAGCUGUUCCGCGCCGCUUAGAGGAGGCAUAUGCUGAAAUAGGUAUAUAAGUCGGGCACCGGCUCACCUUGUCUGUGGUAAAUGUUGAACAAGUUGACCACACACGCUCGCUCAUCCACUACAAGUAUCUCGGUAUCAAGACAUCAACACAAGCCCAACGCAACCCGCAAAGAUGAAGUUCUCCGCUACCAUCAUGGGCGCUGCCCUCAUCGCCACCGGCGCCUCUGCUCAGCAAGCCGCUGUCAAGAACAACUGUGCCAGCCCUAUCUACGUCCAGUCAUUCCCUUUCGAUGGUAGCGCGGCCGGCCCUCUCACCACUGUCCAGCCCGGCCAGUCCUUCUCCGAGGACUUCAGGAAGUCUGGCUCGACUGUCAAGGUUGCCAAGACCAGGACCCUGACCAGCCCUCUGUUCUUUGGCUACAGCUUCUCGAGCAACCCAGACUACGCCUACUACGAGCUUAGCACCGAGUGGGGAAACCCCUUCGCUGACCAGCGCAACAUCCUGACCCCCGGCGACGGCUGUGAGCUCUUCAACUGCGCUGCUGGCGAUGCUGGAUGCUACAGCACGCCCGCCAUGAAGAAGGUGUACGGCUGCCCCCAGCCCGUCAACCUGGAUGCUACCAUCUGCGCCUAAAUUAUCCAUUGGUCUAAGGGAAGGAUGCCGCCUUAAAUGGUUGGUUUCUUGGUGAUUGGAUUAAGUGCGCCCACCCGCCAGAGUCACGAACCCAAGGAAAAAGUAAUGUGAGGAGGGAGCAAAAUUCAGCACAUAGGUCGGCCGUCCGACCAGCGAAUGUUUUACAUUAAAGCUUAAUCUUCAUUCAUCUUGCAUGACACCGGCAUUGCCAAAUAAAUAAUUACGUAGCGUCAUGAUACAACUUUAUGAGCGCAUCGUCCUUUUCAUUCCGCAAUCAUCUUCGCAUUGUCACAAUUUCCUUGAAGUUCCGCAUUUAUCAUGUUAUCAAUCUGCCUUUCUUCAUUGUCUCUCACUGCCUACCUGGGUAAGUGGCUACCUUGUCAAAUGAUAUACCCAUAACAAACAUGUGAUCAUUAGAACAACAUAAGUCGUUCAAAAGAAGAAAUGACUUGCACAAGCCCCAAUCAACAUACAAUAAAAACCGAAGGCAAAAUCGGCUCAACCACUUCCUGUAUGUCCAAUUCUAUCUUACACGGGUCCUCCACUACCUGGGUAUCUCAUCUUCCACCUCAGGCACCUGCAUAAUGGGCAGGUACGGUAGUCCACCAGCCGGAGGUCCUCAACACGCUCAUCCUGCCUCGAACCCCUCUCGGUGAGAUCAUAAUCUGGAAGACUGAAGCCACGAGAGUUGAACAUCCCGUUCAUGGCCCACGUGUGGUUCCAGUUCAACAUGCAACCAACAUCGAGGGAGUCUUACAUGAACUUGGGCCGGAGUCUGAUGUACCCUUUGAUCGCUUCCUGUCGAUAGAGGGGCCAUCCAAGGGUAAUUGUGACGGGUGCAUCUCGGCCGGUUGAAUGCACAUGUGGGCGAGGACCACUGAGCACAUAUGUACCUAGGUAGCCAUCCAGCCCGCGGGGUUUCAGUACAAUAUCACUUUCCAAAGUGUUCUUCAA